CCUAGUUUCUGACUGGCCCUGCUAGCGUUUCCGCUUUUUCAUUCUCUCCUCCCUUAACUCUCGAGUUCAUCCACUGAUCUACUCCCCGUUAGAUACUGUAACGUUAUCGAUAGGUAGCCACCAUCAUCAAAUAGCUAGAUAUGGACGAUUUUGACAUGCUCAGCGCACCACAGGCUGCGGCCGGCAAUGGGACGGACGAAGACCCCGCUGCCGCUUUCUUGGCCCAGCAAGAAAGCGAGAUCGCGGGGAUUGAGAACGACGAAGGAUUCAGCAUCCUGGACAGCGGAGAGGUUCCAACGUCGCUAGACAACAAUCUGACAGGCYACACAAACGAUGCAGUGGAUGGUGCUGUUAAUGGAGACAUUCAUGAGGAGAGCAACGGCCCGUCUGAUGCAUACUCAGCCAUCUCCAGUGCCGACCGGCUGCAGGCUGAGCCAGAGAGCCUGCGUAAAUGGAGGGAGGAGCAGAGAGAGAGGCUCGAGGUCCUAGACGCUAAUUCUCGUAAGCAGGAGUCUGAGUGGAAGGACAAGGCCAAGGUAGAGCUGGAGGAGUGGCACACUAGACAGGACGAGCAGCUGGAGAAGACUAAAGUGAACAACAGGGUGCUGGAUGAGGAUUUCUACAAACAACCCUUCUCUGACCUGAUUGGUUAUGUCACACACAUUAACCAUCCUUGCUACCGCCUAGACCAAGCGGCCGAGGAGGCCAUGCUGUCGGACAUGGACGAGAACAACCCGGGCACCGAGUGGGAGCGCGUGGCGCGCCUCUGCGACUUCAACCCAAAGUCCAGCAAGCAGGCCAAAGAUGUGUCCCGCAUGCGCUCUGUCCUCAUCUCCCUCAAGCAGGCCCCUCUGGUCCGCUAACCCUCUUCUCUCUCUGUUAGAUGUCUCAAUUCAGUCCCUACCCCUCCCCCUUGGCACUAACCAUUCAGUGUUUGAAUAUCUGAAGGCUCUGAAUACGUACUGUAUAAGCAGUGUAGUGGUGGAGUUUCCAUAAUACACCAUGUUGCUUUCACCUUACAGAUCUGUUAACAUUGAGGGGAAGGGAGUGAAUUGAGACGGCUGUAUCUCUACCCUUUGCUAACACUCUCUGGACCCAGAUUGCAACCAAACUCUCAUAGGGAAAUGUAUCAUCCCACCUACCUGACCUGGGGUUGUUCCCACCCAGCCCGACUACCUGACCUGGGGUUGUUCCCACCCAACCCGACUACCUGACCUGGGGUUGUUCCCACCCAACCCGACUACCUGACCUGUGGUUGUUCCCACCCGACUACCUGACCUGGGGUCAUUUUCCACCCACCUACCUGACCUGGGGUCAUUUUCCACCUACCUGACCUGGGGUUGUUCCCACCCAACCCACCUACCUGACCUGGGGUCAUUUCCAACUUACCCAACCCACCUACCUGACCUGGGGUCGUUGUUGUACAUGGAUUGAUGAUAUUCCUCUCUUCCAUCUUCCUUUCCGUCAUUAAAGAACAAAAUAAGUAUACACAUUUAUUUUUUGUUUCUAUUCUUUUAAGGACCAAACUCUGUUUAUUAAAUGUGUUGUUGGAAACCAUUUUAGAACCAGCUUGUGGCAUUUAUUGUGACUAUUUCAAUCUAUGCAUUUUUUCCCAUUUGAACCACGAAUCAAGUACGGUAAAUAUACGUGAUCUAUAUGUGUGUGUAAGCAUCAAGGUUGGGGUCAAUUCCAUUUUAAAUUCCAGUUAAUUCAGAAAGUACACAAUUCCACAUCAAAUUUUUGAUAAUUGAAAAGCAUUGAAGAGAAUUGGAAUUUCAGUGUACUUCCUGAAUUGACUGGAAUUGAAAUGGAAUUGCCCCCAACCCUGGUAAACAUCAUGUACUCUAUAUGCGUGUACCUAUGUACAUAUACAAAAUGUUAAUGUCAUAAACAGAGUAGAAUUGUGGUUUAAAGAUUAACUGUGGCACCAAGUGUUGCUUUUAAUGUUCAUUGUCCAUCGAUUUCAAUAUCAGUAAAACAUGAAUUAAA